CUCGAUUAUUUUGUCAGUAUAUAACCUUAUGAAGUUCAAUUAAUGAUUAGAUUAGCACUUGCAUAUGACAGGUUAGAGGUGCAUGAGACUAGCACAGAAUCAAUCUAGACAGCCUUUUCAAGGCUCCUGCGUUUACCUCACAUCCAUUGACAAUUUUGAAUACUCUUCCUGCUUUACCAGAAAUCUUCAUUAUCAAAAUUUAUGGAUUUAUGCUUCAACGAUAAAAUAAGCGUGCUAAGUUUUACUAUGGUAACAUCGAAUCAAAUUUCCAGCGAUGACUUCAGAUGUUGAGAUGCCUGACGCUAUACUCUCCGACGAGUCCAGUUUCUACGGAGACGAUGAUACCAAAGCGGAACUUGAAAACCGCGUGGCAAGCCAUGAUGGCCGAGCAGACUGGCUCGAAUUCCAGACGAAUUCCCUCGCUGUUGUCGCACACAAUGCACUGCAUCCAUAUGGAUCACAAAAUGUAGACAAGGACCGGGAUAUCUCCAAGCUCUCACGCAAACAACCUCAUCCGCAUGACGGAAAGGAAUAUUGCUGGCAGGUAGCAGAACCCAUCGACGAAUUCAUCAACAGGCUGCGACCUUCUCAAGCCGAUGCCGAUACUAUCGGGCCCUGGAUUCGGGUUCGUAAUCCAUUCUUUGACGAGAAUGUUGAUCUGCCAGAUAGAAAUGUAGCCGCGUUUAUGUCCCGCGGGAGAGAGCUUUUGGAAGACUUUGAAGAGCAGAAAUCAACCAUGGAAGCAGAGUACGCAAAAUCGAGAGCUAGCAGCACAGCGCCGUUGACCCGGAAACUCAAUGUGAUGCGCAAGGAGCUGGAGAAGAACCUAUUAGCUACGGCUCGAAAGUAUGGUGCUGUGGUUGGGAAAUGGAUGUUUUUUGAGCCUCCGGACCGGGUCGAUGAUUACUGGGCUACUAUUGCCGCGGCGACUGCUAGAGGAGAUUUGUGUAUUGAGGCUAAGGUGGCUACGGAUAGUAAUAAGCGACCAUCGCCGGCGAAAAGAGACCGACUUAUUUGUGUUUAUACGCGUGAUUGUGAGGACAAGGAUGACGUGCGUCAUGUUAUGGAGAGAUUGGUUGAGUUGGGGUUGGUAAGGAAAGGCGAAAGGCCAAUAUAUUACAAGUGUGAUGCCUGGACAUAUCUAGAUAUCAAAGCCAACAAUCCUUGGGGGUUGAAGGCGAGUAUGUACUCGAGCAAAGAUGUUUUGCAGGGGAAAUGAAUUUCCCCCCAAUCCCUUCAAGUCUUUUAGCAAAGGUGAAUCUCAUCUAGCCCAUCUAUAACAGUGAUUCAGAUAUACCACUGGCAGAAAUGGCGGUCAUGUCUCGCUAUCUGCGAGGUGGAUCGCUGCAGGCCACUCACGAUAUUG